AUGAGGGGAAUGCAAAGUCGCGGCGGCGGCGGCGAUAUGGUGGGCAUGAUUCUCAAGAUCGCCCCUAUCGUCUGCUCGUUUUUCGCGUUUCUGUUCUUGGCCAUCGCUCUGUCGUCGGGUUCCAUGCCGAACACCAUGGAGGGCGUCAGCAUCAUCAACUUCAACAUGUCGACGCUCGGCAAGAACCUCAUCCAGGUGCCCGACAUCUCGGACAAGGCCGAGGAAGGGUGCGGCAAGGCCGGCGGGGCGGUGAGCGACGCAGCGGACAAGGUGGGCGACGGGCUCGGCAAGGCGGUCGACUUCCUCGGCGGGGGCGGCGACUCGGUCAACGACGCGAUCGACGGCGCCGGCGGCAAGGCGGGCGACGGGGUGGAGGGGGCGUGCAACAAGGGCGCUGAGGUGGCGGACAAGGCGGUGCAGCUCACGACGGACCUCAUCGACAAGGCGCUGGGCAGCAUCGCCAAGGCGAUCGGGAUCCGCGAGUACUACUCGGUCCACAUGGGCGUGCUCUGCGAGGGCGAGUACGAGCCGCUCUUCAGCAAAAAGGACGCCAAACCAAAAGUCGACAAGUGCUCCAAGAAGUUCUACACGGGCCAGACCGACAUCAGCAAGAAGCUCGACGAGGAGCUCAAGGUCGGGCCGUUCAAGUUCAGGCUGAGCGACCUCGAGCUGGUCGACGAGAUCCAGGACGGCUUCGACAAGAUCCCCAAGGUGAUCGCGGCCUUCGCCUUCUUCGUGCUCUUCUCGGUGCUGAUCCUGGUCGCGGGCUUCCUGUGCUGCAUCGCUGUGGUCGGGUUCGAGUACGCGAUGCAGGGCGCGCAGAAGUUCGCCAUGUUCGGCGCCAUGGGCUGCCUGGGGCUCGGGUGGUUCACGUCGUUCAUCUGCGCGGCCGUCAUCACGGGCGUGGCCGAGAGCAUCAAGAAGGCCGUCAACAAGCACGGCGACAAGUUCGGCCUUUCGGCGUCCACCAGCCCGGCCCUGUACUUUUUGCUGUGGGCGACCGUGGUGUUCGCCACCAUCGCCCUCGCGCUGGUGGUGUUCGUUUGGCUCAAGACCCGCCACGGCGACAGCGGCAUGGGCGGCGGCAACCAACAGCAGGAGUAUGCUGACAAGAACCAGUCUGCCAGCAGCAUGGAGGACUCUCACGGCUUUGUCCGCAUGCCGGCCAGUGGCGGUGGGCAGAAUGAUAUGAGGGGUGGGCAGAAUGAUAUGAGGGACGAGCCGUUGUAG